CUCUUUCUUUUCUCGGCUAGCUUUGCCGAUGCGGUGAGGGCUCGUCUCUGUUCGCGCGCGGAUGGACGAAGAAGAUCGAGUAAUUUCUCAAUAAAAAUCUCGACAGCCUCGAAUUUCGCCCUGCGAAGCAAAAGACACGACAAUGCCGGCGUAUUUUCAAAGACCGGAGAACGCUCUGAAAAGAGCGAACGAGUUUCUUGAAGUUGGUAAGAAGCAGCCUGCUUUGGAUGUUCUCUAUGAUGUCAUCAAGAGCAAAAAGCAUCGAACAUGGCAGAAGAUCCACGAGCCGAUCAUGCUCAAGUACCUGGAGCUCUGCGUGGACCUGCGCAAGAGCCACCUGGCCAAGGAGGGCCUUUACCAGUACAAGAACAUUUGUCAGCAGGUGAAUAUCAAGUCUCUGGAGGAUGUGGUUCGCGCCUACCUGAAACUUGCAGAGGAGAAGACCGAGACGGCCAAAGAGGAAUCUCAGCAAAUGGUGCUGGACAUAGAGGAUCUGGAUAACAUUCAGACCCCUGAGAGUGUACUGCUGAGCGCCGUGAGCGGAGAGGACACUCAGGACCGUACGGACCGCUUGCUGCUCACUCCUUGGGUCAAAUUCCUGUGGGAGUCAUACCGUCAGUGUCUGGACCUCCUGAGGAACAACUCCAAAGUGGAGCGUCUUUACCAUGACAUCGCGCAGCAAGCAUUCAAGUUCUGCUUGCAGUACACCCGCAAGGCCGAGUUCCGUAAGCUGUGCGAUAACUUGCGCAUGCAUCUGGGUCAGAUCCAAAGACACCACAACCAGAGCACUGCCAUCAACCUGAACAACCCCGAGAGCCAGUCCAUGCAUUUGGAGACUCGUUUGGUGCAGCUGGACAGCGCCAUCAGCAUGGAGCUCUGGCAGGAAGCUUUCAAGGCUGUCGAGGAUAUCCACGGACUGUUUGCGCUCUCUAAGAAGCCCCCCAAACCCCAGCUCAUGGCCAACUACUACAACAAGGUGUCCACUGUGUUCUGGAAGUCAGGGAAUGCUCUGUUCCACGCUUGCACGCUGCACCGCCUCUACCAUCUCUCCAGAGAAAUGAGGAAGAACCUUACCCAGGAGGAAAUGCAAAGGAUGUCGACACGUGUGCUUUUGGCCACUCUAUCCAUCCCAAUAACCCCCGAGCGUACUGAUAUCGCCCGCCUGUUGGAUAUGGAUGGAAUUAUUGUGGACAAGCAUCGCAGACUGGCCACUUUGCUCGGCCUGCAGUCGCCACCCACUCGCCAGAGUCUCAUCAAUGACAUGGUGAGGUUUAAUCUUCUUCAGUACAUCAUUUCUGAAGUAAAGGAGCUGUACAGCUGGCUGGAGGUGGACUUCCAUCCCCUCAAACUGUGUGGCCGGGUCACCAAGGUGCUGAACUGGGUGAGGGAUCAGGCAGAGAAGGAGCCUGACCUGCAGCAGUACGUUCCUCACUUGCAGAACAACACCAUCCUCAGACUUCUGCAGCAGGUGGCUCAGAUUUACCAGAGCAUCGAGUUCAGCAGGCUGGCCUCUCUCGUGCCGUUUGUGGACGCUUUCCAGCUGGAGCGCUCCAUCGUCGACGCUGCACGUCACUGUGACCUGCAGGUGCGCAUCGAUCAUACGUCCCGAACCCUGAGCUUUGGCUCUGAUCUGAACUACUCAACUAAAGAGGACGCCCCUGUUGGACCUUUCCUGCAGAACAUGCCUUCUGAACAGAUCCGUAACCAGCUCACAGCAAUGUCGUCCGCUAUGGCCAAGGCCAUUCAGAUCAUCAAACCUGCUUCUAUUCUGCAAGAACGGGAAGAGCAGAGUCAGCAGGCCAUCACUGCCUACGUUAAGAACGCUCGUAAGGAGCACCAGCGCAUCCUGGCCCGCCGCCAGACCAUCGAGGAGCGUAAGGAGCGCCUGGAGAGCCUGAACAUCCAACGUGAGAAGGAAGAGCUGGAGCAACGCGAGGCCGAGCUCCAGAAGGUGCGCAAGGCUGAGGAGGAGCGUCUGCGCCUCGAGGCCAAGGAGAGGGAGAAGGAGCGCAUCAUGCAGGAGCACGAGCAGAUCAAAAAGAAGACUGUGCGCGAGCGUCUCGAGCAGAUCAAGAAGACCGAGCUGGGAGCCAAAGCGUUUAAAGACAUCGACAUUGAGGAUCUGGAGGAGUUGGAUCCUGAUUUCAUCAUGGCCAAACAGGUGGAGCAACUCGAGAAAGAGAAGAAGGAGCUGCAGGAACGCUUAAAGAAUCAGGAAAAGAAGAUCGACUACUUUGAAAGGGCGAAGCGUUUGGAGGAAAUCCCCAUGAUCAAAAAGGCCUAUGAGGAACAGCGCAUCAAAGAUAUGGAGCUGUGGGAGCUUCAGGAGGAGGAGAGGAUUAGCAACAUGCAAGUGGAGCGUGAGAAGGCUCUCGAGCACAAACAGAGGAUGUCCAGGAUGAUGGAAGAUAAGGAGAACUUUGUGUCUAAAAUAACAGCUGCCCGAAGCUUCAUCUACGAAGAAAAACUGAAGCAGUUCCAGGAGCGCUUGGUGGAGGAGAGAAAGAAGCGUCUCGAAGAGCGCAAGAAGCAGCGCAAGGAGGAGCGACGGAGCGCUUUCUAUCGCCAGAAAGAGGAGGAGGCUCAGAGGAUCCGGGAGGAACAGCUGAAAAAGGAGCGCGAGGAGCGUGAGCGUCAAGAGCAGGAGCAGAGAGAGGAGGAGGAGCGCGAGUACCAGGAGCGCCUGCGCAAGCUAGAGGAGCAGGAGAGGAAGCAGCGCGCCAGGCAGCAGGAAAUCGAGGAUCGUGAGCGACGCAAGGAGGAAGAGCUAAGAAAGCCACCGGAAGAGAAGGCCACCAAGGACUGGGCUGAGAAGGACGAGGGCGCGUGGAGGAAGCGUACGGAGACCAAUGAUUCGGAGUGGAGACGUCCUGCUCCUGAAAACAGGGAUUGGCGUCAGGAAGGACGUGAGGAAAAUGAACGCGAGGAGCGCGAGCCACCCUUCAGAAAAGGCGGUGAGGGUUCACGUCGCGGACCUUCGGAUGACCGAGGCCUUCGUAGAGGCUUCGAUGAUGACCGUGCACCCCGACGCGGAUUUGACGACGAUCGCGGCCCCCGACGUGGCUUUGACGAUGACCGAGCACCCAGACGCGGCUUUGACGACGAUCGUGGCCCCCGACGCGGCUUUGACGACGAUCGUGGCCCCCGACGCGGCUUUGACGACGAUCGCGGCCCCCGACGCGGCAUGGACGAUGACCGUGGUCCUAGGAGGGGAUUUGAUGAUGACCGUGGUCCUCGCCGUGGAAUUGACGAGCCCAGAGCCUCCAGACGCGGCGCUGAUGAUGACUGGGGUCCUAGGAGAGGCGGCGGUGAUGAGGAGAGGGGUGGAAGGAGGGGUGGCGAUGAAGAGAGAGGAGGCAGAAGGGGCGGCGAUGAUGAGAGAGGAGGCAGGAGGGGCGAUGACGACGCCAAACCUUGGAAACCUUUGGGCAGGCCAGGUGGCUGGAGAGAGAGGGAGAAGGCUCGUGCGGAGAGCUGGGGUCCUCCUCGUGAAUCUGGUGACCAGGAUGAUGACGAACGCGAUGGAGAUGAUGGUCAUGAGGAAGAACGUUUCAGAGAGCGUCGUCCACCCAGGGAGGAAGGAGGCUGGAGGAAGGGCGGAUCUGACGAGCCCAGCAGUUGGCGUGACAGCCGCCGUGAGGACUUCGAUCGUGACGAUCGGCGUGAACGGCAUGAUGUCAGAGACCGUCGCGAUGACAGGGACCGUGAUCGCGAUCGUGAUCACAGACCCGCAAACCGGGACCAUGAAGAGGGCGGUUCCUGGCGACGUGCAGAGGAACGUCGAGACGAUCGCAAGGAAGACCGUGACACUCCACCGAGACCUCGCGACCGCAACGGUGAUAGAAACGCCUGGCGCUCCGAUAAAGAAAAAGACCCCCAGCGACGCACCAAGAACGAGACGGACGAUGACGGCUGGACCAUGGUGCGCCGCUGAACGUCACCGGCCGUCUCCCAAUAGCCUCCACAACCUCGAUCUAUUAAUUAAUUACAUUGAUAUUGUGACAACAACUUCUGACAUAAUUGUUAACCAAAUUAUCAUAUAGAAUUUUAUGAAGUUUGACUUGUCAUGCCAAACCUGGUGAGAGCCAGUCAUUCUUUCUUUGGAAGUCAUUUUGAUCUGCUCUAUCUCUACAUCGUUUUGCUUUUGUGCAUGCAUGGAAGAUUUAAUCGAUCUCUCUGGGGGGAAAAAAAGAAAAAAAAUCAUUGUGUUUCCUCGAAACAGAGUGGGUGAAGAGAUGCAAUGUAAAAAAUACACAAACGAUUAGAAAAUCCUGAGAUACUUAAUGAAAACAGCUGGCAGGGAAGUUGGCUUUGAUAAAUUUUGAUGGCAGUUGAUUCCUCACUCUGGCUGCUGCUCCUGUCGUGGGUUGUGUGCUUUUUAGAAAUAUGAAAACUUUAUUAAUAAAGUCAUUUGCUCAACA